CCAAAGUAGCCUAGAUAUAGAUCUACCUCUAUGCAGGAAACCAAAUCAUAGUAUGGUGUACAUAGACUUCAUGGUGUAGACUAGGAAUGUUUAAUAAUUUUAAUCAUUUCAUUUUGUGAAUAGUAGAAAUGAUUAUCUCCUCCUUUUAGUUUUAUAAAUUUACUUGUACCAAAUACCUGGCAGCUGUCCAGUCUGGCAACACUAAAGCCGGGCCGGACUCGGCAAGUCUUACUGGUUGAUGGAUAAAUCUAUAAUAUCAAUUCAUUUAUGAAGUCUAGCUGCGAAACUAGUCUAAUACUCAUUGAGUCGGUUAAGACGUACUAAAUAAAGUCAAACAACUUUAGUCUACACAGUUAUCAAAAUGGAUCUUUCGUUUAAUGUUGUAGUGUACUGUAUUGUACCAGCUUUGCUGUCGUUAUCCUGGCUAAGGUACCGAGGGCUGGAGUAUAUAAUUAUUCACUAUCGAUGGAUUUUUGUAUGCCUGUUUCUAUUACCAGUUUCAGUAGUUUACGAUGCUGUAAUGUAUUUAAGAGCCAAGAUUGUAUUUGCUCUUAGUUCAGCACCCCAACACCAUGACAAACGUGUCAAAUAUGUUCAAGAGCAGAUCAGAAACUGGAAUCAAAGUGGUAGAAAAUCUCGUAUGUGUACAGCUAGACCUGGAUGGGCCAAUAUAAGCUUUAGACGAGGACUUUAUAAAAAUAGCUUGCAAAACAUUGAGGUCAACUUAAUGGAUAUUUUGCAAGUCGAUACAGACAGAAAGAUAGUCCGAGUGGAACCAUUGGCAACCAUGGGUCAGGUGACUGCUUGUUUAAAUCCUUUAGGGUGGACACUUCCUGUUUUACCAGAACUAGAUGACCUCACUGUUGGGGGACUGAUCAUGGGUGUGGGCAUUGAGACAUCCUCUCACAAUUAUGGAUUAUUUCACCAGUGCUGCAUUAGCUAUGAGCUGGUUGUUGCUGACGGCAGUCUGGUCAAAUGUUCGAAGGAUGAGAAUCCAGAUUUAUUUUAUGCUGUCCCCUGGUCGCAUGGAACUCUUGGCUUUCUUGUCAGUGCAGAGCUUCAAAUUAUUCCAUGCAAGAAAUUUGUGAAAAUGGAUUACAUUCCUGUGCGUAGCCAGCAGGAAUUGGUCAACUUGUUUCAGCGAGAGGACAUCUAUUCCAAAAAUGAUUUUAUUGAGGCUCUAGUGUAUUCUCAUACAGAAUCUGUCUUUAUGACUGCCAACAUGACAGAUGAAGCUGAGCCGGAUAAGAUCAAUGCUAUUGGCAACUACUGGAAACCUUGGUUCUACAAACAUGUCCAAGGUGCAUUAAGUAACGGAAAGUUUACAGAGUACAUCCCUUUGAGACACUACUAUCACAGACACACUAGAAGUAUCUUUUGGACAUUAGAGGACAUUAUUCCCUUUGGUAACAAUGUUGUGUUCAGAUACCUUUUUGGCUGGAUGGUGCCCCCCAAGAUCUCACUAUUGAAGCUUACUCAGGGAGAGACUGUGAAAGAGAUGUAUGAGAAGUACCAGGUAUUCCAGGACAUGUUGGUGCCUGUUAGCACCCUAGCUGACUCGUUGGACUUUUUUCAUCAAGAACUCAAUCUUUAUCCUUUGUGGCUAUGUCCAUUCAAACUUUUCCACCAGCCUGGACUGGUCCACCCAAAGCACAAUGCUAAUGAAAUGUAUAUGGACAUAGGUGCCUAUGGCACCCCCAAGGCUCCAGGUUUCUCUACUAUUCCAUCUACAAAGCGACUGGAAGAUUUUGUAGCUAAACAUGAUGGUUUUCAGAUGCUCUAUGCUGAUUCCUACCUAACCCAUGAACAGUUUCGUAGCAUGUUUGACCACUCACUCUAUGACAAAAUGAGAAAACAACUGGACUGUGAAAAGGCAUUCCCUGAGAUUUAUGAGAAAGUCAACCGCAAAGCUAGAACUUAAUGAGUCACUUUUAAUGCUUGUUACACAGUUGUGCUAAACGUCGUGACAUUUUUUUUUCUCUCUUUAUUACUUUGGCUGAAUUUUUUAUUUCAAAUAUGAACAAUUCAUAGCCUUCAUCUGAGCUUAACCAUAAUGAUAUUUCAGAUGUAAUUGUCUUAGGUUGCUUGCUAAUAUGUGUGUGUUUUCUAACAAAACUUUUGAUUUUAUUGUAUGCCAGGAAUGAUCAAAGAUUUAUUUAUUUCAUAUGUUUGAAUAUUUUUGUACAUUUAGGUUACACAGAUUCCAUAUUUAUCUAUUAGAUGUGAAAGAUAUAUCAAUUGUUUAAUUGCUAUAUUGUUUAAAGUGCUGCCACAUUUUCAUGGCCACCCUAGACUUUUCAAUAAAUAUUUCGAGCAUAUAUAAGGAUUACUUUCUACUUUACUUAUCAAUAAAUACAACCUCAGGACUAUUUACGGGAAAUAUAGAUAUUUUAUAGCAACCAAAAUAAAAUGAAAAAAAAAAACAAUUUCAAUUGGCAGAAUAUCAUAUAGGACUUGUAUUGAGUUAAUAUAAAAGUAUAUCAAAUAUUCCUGAAGUUGGAUUGUCCAAUUUCAUUCCGUCUCCAUUUUACUAUUCAACUUCUUAGCAUUCUAAGAUUUCAAUGUAAAACAAGUAUUUCCUAAUGUCUGCAGUGUCACCAUGUAGUACAAUAUCAUCAAACAUGAUCUUCUUUCAAGCCAAAAUAUUUUCCUGCAGUCAAAGUCUCUGCUUUGUUUAGAUGUUUCCAAUGUUAUUAUUUCACAGUUAUGUUUGUUGAAUGUUUAAAACAAAAUGUUGAUGUACAAAUGUAUGAAAAUAUAACUGUGCAUAAUGUAUUGGUAUUUACUUUGGAUAGAAUUAUUUCCCUUACCACCACAAUUGCUCUAUGUUGCCUAAAUUAUUGUAUUUUUAUUUUAUACUGGCUGGUGGUUAGUCAAGUUGGGCCAAUGGGUCAAAUUAUUUAGUCCUUUUUUUACUACACUAGUUCUGUAAUACAAACUCAAAUAUCAACAGUUACAUCUAAAACGUAUAAUUGUUUUUUUUAACAUGCUUUAUGCUUACAUAAUUGUAAACUUUUGAUCUUAGGGGCCCUACAUGAAAAAUGUAAUAGUAAUACACUGUAACACUAAAUCUAGAUGUGACUGUUUCUAAAUAUGCUGGGCCCUACAUGAAGAAUGUACUAGUACUACACAGUAACACUAGAUCUAGAUGUGACUGUUUCUAAAUAUGCUGGGCCCUACAUGAAGAAUGUACUAGUACUACACAGUAACACUAGAUCUAGAUGUGACUGUUUCUAAAUAGGCUAAGUGUAUUAAAAACCUUAUCUGAAAAUAGUCACACAAUAAAGUGAUGGACAUUUUGCAACUUUUGGUUCUAUUCAGACAAUCACUUGUGGAACUUGCCCCCUAAGGCCCUAUAGAUAGCUACCAAGUCUUAUAUGUUGUUUUCUAUCAUUAUUUUAUACAGAAAAAUGUGUAUAUGUAUGUAGUCCUAAGUUUUUAUAUGAACCCAAACUACUUCACUCUUAACAAGUUUUAUUCUGAGUUAUUUAAUUUUUGGAGUCUUUAUACAUUUUGAGAAAUUUUUUUUUAUUCAACUUGUUUUUUUGCUUGUAUAGGAAGAAAAUUAAAUGGUUUACACUUA